AUGGCACUCUCGCUUCAGACUUAUCCAAUACAGCAGCAAGCACCGGGUGUGCAGGAGCGGGAACAUGAACGGCAGAUCAAACUCAAACACCUAGGUGUCGACGCGGAGGAUAUUCCUGAGUCCCGCCCUAAUCCACCUAAUAUCCUACCUGAAGUCGAUGAUAACGAUCAAAUCUUGCCAGGAUCGUCAGCUCCAGAUGGAAUUCAAGAGAGGCCCGUCAGCGAAUCAGACCUGGAACUACCCUCUGAUGGAUCAAACCACCCGGCGGAAGAUAAUGAAUCUGAUGCCGGUUCAUACACUUCGCAGAGACAAGUUUUCAGUUUCAUCCAAGAAAAUGGCCACCGAAACAACCCCGUCCCCGCCGCCCACAAAGUCCCGCCAAACUGGCAAAUCGCGAAGAGGCUCAACCGUUGCGGAUCGAUCGUCAGGAAGGAUCCCGGGGCCACGACCCUCCAAGACCAUCCCUACGCAGAGGAUUCUGCAAGAUGCGUCUAG